AUGGCACCUCCUCUAUCCCCCAGACCACUCCCUAACAUCUUACUUAUAUCCCUAAUACCGGUAGCUUCAUGGUUUGUCAUUCGUCCUUUACUUGACCCCGUCCCUCCCCUGCCAGCCCUAUGGGCAUCUGCUGGAUUCUCCAUAUUUGCGUUCCUUGCAGCGCUUUACCUAGUCCCCGCACUCGGACCAACUUUUGUGAAAGCCAACCUCAAAGGGAAGGACCUCUUGAAAGUCUAUUCUGAUCCUAUACCAGAGAGUCAAGGCCUCGUCUGCGCGUCAAUAUACAUUCUGCUAUUAAUAUUGUUCAUUCCUUUCCCAUUCUCCACCUCCAUCGCGAGCCUUUCGGGCGGGGGAAGCAAAAUCGAAGGCUUGCUGGGCGCCGCCUCUCUACAUCAUGAGCUAUCUGUAUAUCUGUCAUCAUUGCUAUCGCUCUUAAUGGCAAUUCUGUUGGGGUUCCUCGACGAUGUAUUCGACAUUCGAUGGAGACAUAAACUGCCUAUCCCGCUCAUUGCCGCCAUACCGCUAUUGAUGGUCUACUAUGCUGAAGGAGGGAAUACUCAUGUAGUCGUGCCUAUUCCUCUUCGGCCAUUUCUUGGCCUUCUUGUCAACCUAGGUCCCUUGUAUUACCUCUACAUGUCACUCCUUUCGACAUUCACCACGAAUAGCAUCAAUAUUCUUGCUGGAAUCAAUGGCUCUGAAGUCAGCCAGGCAUUGAUCAUUGCCGUCUCGGUUAUUAUCAACGAUCUUUUAUACCUGCCCUUGCCAUUUGACUUCCGUAUACCCUUACACCUUCUCGGCAGUCAAAUGGAAGUCGAAGUUGGUGGCGCCUGGCAUGCAGGAAUGGCCUAUGGAAGUAGCGAACUCGUUAUGAGACACCUCUUCAGUCUGUACUUCAUGCUUCCUCUCGUAGGGGUGUGUCUUGGGUUUAUGUACCAUAACUGGUAUCCUGCGCGUGCGUUCCCUGGAGACACACUCUGUUAUGUCACUGGAAUGGCUUUCUCCGUGGUUGGAAUACAAGCACACUUCUCCAAGACCCUGCUUCUAUUCUUUAUUCCUCAGAUUUUCAAUUUCCUGCUCUCAUGUCCUCAGCUCUUCGGCAUUGUGCCGUGCCCUAGACAUCGCGUUCCAAGAUUCGUUCCUGAUACCAAUUUGCUGUACCCCUCAAAAACCAUCUUUGACAAACAGCCUGCUACCAGGCUCGCGUCUCUUACCCUUCGUAUACUUGCCACACUCGGCCUGACAGAGCUGACUAUGGACCCAACAAGCGGAGCUAUCCUUGAAGCCACCAAUCUGACGAUCCUCAACUUCCUUCUCUUGCGUCUGGGUCCGAUGCACGAGAAGAGGCUCGUUCAGGUACUUAUGUGUACUCAGAUCGCGGGCAGUAUCUUUGCUUUUACGAUACGCUACGGUUUAGCUGGCCUUGUCUAUGAUGGUGACAGGCGAUGA